GCAAUGGGGACAAGGCAUAGGUUGCUAAGGGUGGCUGUCACACACUACGGUCGCGCCUCGAUUCGGGCAGCAGACGUUUCCCCGCUCCGCACACCCAGCGUCAGCUGAAGAGGCGGCCCGAAGGCCCCUGCGGGGGAAGCUGGGGGCGGGGCGAGAGUGGGCGGUGAAGCGGCCGGCUCCCAGGCCGGCCGGCUCCGCCUCCGGGAGCCGCCGCCAGCGCCGCCGCUCGCACCCGCGCGCCUACGAAAUGAGCUGGGUCGCGCGCCGGAACGCCACCGUGCGCUGGAUCGUCUCCCACCCCGCCGGCCCCAGGGCGCGCGGACCAGGCUGGUGGCGUUCCAGCCGAGUGGGCGUGCGCGGGAGGGCUCUGGGUUGCCCCGCCUCACCUCACGUCACCCCGCCCCGCCUGCUUCCCAGAGCCCUGCGCCACGCCCCGCGCGCAGGCGCACGGCUGCUUUUCGGGUCCGCCCUUUUUCGGGAUUUGAAUUUCCCCCAGCGAAGCGAGAGAGGUAAAAUACCCGGAUGGUGAUCGCUGGCCUUUUCGCGCCAAUACUGUGAGCUCUCACAACAAUCUUGAGAGGAAAAAGGCUGAACGGUCCUCCACUGGUGCCAGCCAAUCAGCAGGACCCCCGCCUUCCUCUGGCCCGCCACCACCACUCGGGGCAAGGUCGCAGCAUCUGCGUCGGAAAUCACGGGUACUUCUUCCUGCUGGCUCAGCUGGGAGGCUGAGGAGUGUUUUGCACACGCUGUUUGUCUGAAUUCUGAAAUAACGGCAGAGGCUGCCACUCUUGUAAGUUCUCUGCCCCGAGUUACAGCCAGGGUCCCAGAUGAAGCCCGAGUCCAGGCAGGCCUUGUGCCACGUGGCCGUGGUCAGCUGCCUCUGUGUGGCCACUGUCCACACGGGCGUCUUUGACAGCGUCCUCGUCCAAGUCGGCUAUGAGCACUAUGCGGAAGCCCCAGUAGCCAGUCUCCCUGCCUUCCUAGCCAUGCCCUUCAACUCACUCAUUAACUUGGCCUACGUGCUCCUGGGAGUGUACUGGCUACAGAGAAAUGCCAUCACCCUAGAGCGCCCCACAGAGGCGCAGCGGGCUCAUUACCUGAAGGAUGUCUUCGCUGGCAUGGCCCUGGUCUAUGGCCCCGUGCAGUGGCUGCGGAUCUGGACGCAGACACACGCUGCUGCCGUGCUUGACCAGUGGUUCACCUUGCCCAUCUUUGCGUGGCCGGUGGCCUGGUGCCUCUACCUAGAUAGGGGCUGGAAACCCUGGUUGCUCCUCACCAUCGAGUGCCUCUCGCUGUGCAGUUACGGCCUUGCCCUGCUGCACCCCUUUGGGUUUGAGGUCGCGCUGGGAGCCCACAUCGCUGCUGCCAUGGGCCAGGCCCUGCGUGCCCACAAGCGCUACGGCAGCACCUGCUCCGGAGCAUACUUCGCUCUGGGCGUCCUCUCCUGCCUGGGCUUUGUGGUCCUCAAGCUAUGUGACCAUCAGCUGGCACAGUGGCAUCUCUUCCAGCGGCUCACGGGCCACUUCUGGUCCAAAGUCUGUGAUGUGCUGCAGUUCCACUUUGCAUUCUUAUUUCUGACAAAUUUAAACACUUGCCAGAGACUCCCUCCUGAGAGGAAGAUACAUUAAAGUGUGAAAAGAAACUACUUACAGCCGCCAAAGCCCCCAGUGUCAAAAUGGAUGGACUAUCGGAUGGCAUUUUGUCAUCACUGGUAAAUUUCCUGGGUGUGAUCAGAUAUGAUGAUUACAUGGAAAACUCCCUUCCUUCGAAAUGAUGGGCUUCAAUACUUAGGGGUGAAAUGUUAUACCCUCUGCAACUUACUUUCAAAGAGAUAAAGCAAAUAUCCAGGUGCGGAAAAUGUUGGGGUUUAUUGUACUAUUCUUGUAAUUUUUCUGUACGUUGACAUUUUUCCCAAUAAAUGUUGGGGGGAAAUGGCCCCAAGAAAUC